AUGAACAAUCCACUCGCGUUGACUGUCGGCGCGGUGACCGGCGUGGUCAUGCACCACGGCGUCUUCAUCCACGGUGAAUGGCACCUCCAGGCCCCGAGUAUCCUGGUGGGACAUGUGUCUGUCUUUGCUGUGCUGCUGCUUGCAAGCACCCGCUCCUCCUGGCUCCUCAUCGCAGGCUAUCUGCUUUCCCUCUUCGCCAGCAUCACCAUCUACCGUCUGUUCUUCCAUCCUCUGCGCCACUUCCCAGGCCCGCUUGGGGCACGGAUCUCCAAGCUCUGGCAUGUCUGGCAGGCGAGGAAGUGCAAGAACUUCCUUGUUCUGGACGCUCUUCACGCUCAGUAUGGCGACUUUGUCCGCACAGGCAUGUCCCAUCCCCCCCAUAUCACGCGAGGCAUAACUAACAGGCCAGGCCCCAACGAACUCACCAUCUUCCACCCGGACAUCUACAUCGCCCUCGACGGGCCCAAAUCCCACUGCAUCAAAGCGGAGUGGUACGACCUCCUCCACCCCAGGCAAUCCCUCGUCACGACGCGCGACAAAGCCAUCCACGCUGCUCGUCGGCGACAGUGGAACCGCGGGUUUACUGCUAAAUCCCUCGCGCAAUACGAAGCCAAGAUCCUCACCUACAUCGACGACCUCGACGCGCUGAUCUCCCACGACGCCGCCCACCAGAACACCACAGAAAUCAACCCGCUAUUCUACUGGUUCGGGUUCGACACGAUGGGCGACUUCGUCUUCAACAAGUCCUUCGACAUGCUGCACCGGGGCGAGUGGCACUUCGUGAUCGUGCUUCUGCGACGGGCGAUGUCGAUCCUGGGCCCGUUGAGCCCAGUGCCGUGGGUUGUACAGAUAGCGUUUCGGCUUUGUCCGCGCGUGGGGAUCCUCCCCGCAAACCCAACCCAAACCCCGGACGUUGCAUUCUACCUCCUCGAAGACGCCAAAACCCACGCAUCGCAGAUCCCCUGGCUCACCGGCGACAGCAUCCUCGCCAUCGUGGCCGGCAGCGAGCCGACGGCUAGUACCCUGAUUGGCAUCUUCUGUGAACUGGCGCGGGGUCCCGUCCACGCGGAUAGGAUCUAUCGUGAGAUUCGGACUACGGGCGUGGAUGUGAAUGACCCCCGGGCUCUGGCGAGGGAGUGUCCGCAUCUGGAGGCUGUGGUUGCCGAGGCGUUGAGGCUCUAUCCGGCGUUGUUGACGGGGGGGUAUCGCAAGACGCAGGGGGAGGGGAUGUGGAUGGGUGGGAAGCAUGGGGAAGAAGGUGCGGUGUUUGUGCCGCCGUUUACGACGGUCGUGGCGCCGAGGUUUUCGGUUAUGAGGAGAGAAGACUGCUUCAUCCGCGCCAGCGAAUUCCUCCCCGAGCGAUGGUCCGAUGAGCCCUGGCUGGUGAGAAAUAGGGCUGCGUAUGCGCCUUUUGGGACUGGUAUCUAG